UUCUGACCACAGAGGAGGCUAUUUUACAAUAUUGUUUUAUGGUAUUUUUCUACACAACUCUUUUAUUUUUGACAUUUUCAUAUAUUUAAACCUUAAAUAUAAAAUAUUUUUCAAUUCCUAGUGAAAAUUAUGUUUAAAAUAAACAUUAAAAUGUAACUGUCACAUUUAACCUUGCUCUUUAGACUCCAAAAACUUUUUUUUUACAGCAGUGUCUUAAACCAGACCUAAAGGAAACAGAUUUUCUUUUCAAACUAAGGAUGAAACUAAAGACCUUUGCAUUAUAUUUAAAAAUAUAAGCUAAUAAAAAGUGAUUAUGGAUACUUGUAGGGGAUGUUUACACUUUAAGCAGGUCUGUUUUCUGUAUUUCUCUGUCUGAUACGAAACCAAAACCUGCAGGAUAAAAGUCACAUUUUAUGCAACUUCAUUAAGAUCAAUAAGGCUUUUUAUUUAUAAAGAUGAGCAUAGAUGUCCUGUAAAAGUUGAAGAAACACAGAAAUUACUUUACUGGUCAAAUGAAAUAAAAGAAAAACAAAACACCCAACAGUCCAACAUCUCAUUCCUCAAGGUCGCUCUUCGCUAUCAGCUUGCAGACUUCCCUCAACACAGAUAGCAGCAGAGCCCAAACAUCAGAAUAAAUAAAGACAGUCACACAGAGAGAGCACUGCUAGGUCUGGUAAAGUGGUGGAGUCAUGGUGUCCUGUGCUGUCCUGAUCCUGGGUCCUCUCUGGAUCCAAAGUCUGACUCAGAUCUGCAGGACAGAGAAGCUACCCAGAGGUGUUGUGGUGUCCUGGUUCAGGGAGCGGGUUCUGGAAGGCCUGGGGCUUUUACAGCCUCCUUUAUUCAUCGAGCACAGCCCAAAUCAGGAAAGAACAAGACGGGAGGCGAGGCACCGGCAGGCGAGGGUCCCUCGGACCAGCAGACCUCAGAGCAGUCUGCAUCACCAUCCAUCUGAACUAAUUCUGUUUCCCAGUCCAGAUCCAUCCAUGUCUGAUGCUGAAAUGAGAGAAGACUCCAGCAGUGCCUUAUCCUACCACUUCCAGCCUUCUGCCUCCUUCCAGGACACCGUAGUCGCAUCGGCCCACUUCUGGUUCUAUGUUGGGAAAGGUGUGAACGCCUCUUCCAUGCUUUUUAUUCUCACCUCAGAGCAGCAGCGUCUUCAGGCAGCACAGGCUCCUCCAAGGGGGAGCUCAGACGGAUGGACCACCUUUGAUCUGGAACAGAGUGUUCUUGCUGCUGUACCUGGGGGCCCUUUUCUGCUUCAGAUCAAGUGUUCAUCUUGUCAGAACCACAUUAACGAUCUAGAUAAGACACCUUUUCUCCAUCUCCUGCUUCAUCCCAAAGCGCCUGUUCGUUCCCCUAGAGAGGCCCCCAUCACCAUCCCUUGGUCUCCCUCUGCCCUCCUCCUCCUCCAGCGGCCCUCACUUGAGGGGCCCCAUCAUGAUGACUGCCGAAGGGAAGAGGUUGAGAUCAGCUUUGAGGAGCUGGGGUGGGACAGCUGGAUCGUUCAUCCCAAGGUGUUGACUUUCUACUACUGCCAUGGGAACUGCUCGGCCACGGAUCGGACCGCCACCCUGUUAGGGAUUGCUCAGUGCUGCGCUCCAGUCCCCGGGGCCAUGAGGUCACUGAGGAUCACCACCACGUCCGAUGGCGGGUACUCGUUCAAAUACGAAACCCUGCCCAAUAUCAUACCAGAGCAGUGCACCUGUAUUUGACAAUGACAGGGGGGUAUUGCUGAGAGAAUGUUGGAUCAAGUUCAAAGAGUCAAUUCAACCAAAUCAUCUAGAAAGAUUAGUUAAAUGUUUUCUAUCUAAAGACACCAAGUAUACUGCAUUGAGUCGUGGACUUUGGUCUCAAAAGUUUCUACUAUUAUCCAUUCUACUGUCUGGAAAGAAAUCUACAAGAGGAAGACAAUCAGAACUAUUUGACACUCCUGGCCUUCAAGGCCUGGCCUUCCAAGUGAAAACCAAGGCACUCUGCAACAAUCUCCCUAUUUUGUCCCAUGGUGAUCGUUUCUGUUUCUCCUGGAAUCUAUAUUCUCCUUUUAUUUGGUUUACAUCUUUGUUAAACCAAUCAUUCCUACACAAUGCCACCAAUGGGUCCAGCUGCUCUUUUUAUUCUUGGGGUGAAGUUUAUAAGAUCAUUUUUAGAGAACUAGUUCGGCUCACCAAAAAGUGUCGGCAGUUUCAGCUCGCAUGCAGCUCUUCCAACUGUUACUACUCCCAAAAAUAUAAAACAUAAAAUAAAAUGUAUUUUUUCUUUGUUUUACUCAAG